CCGGGCGGCGCCAGCGGCCCCGAGGAAGGCGUGGCCUGGAUGGGCCGCAAGGCAUCCAAGCCCAAGGUCACCUUCGACGAGACCACCACCAAGCGGCGCCACGACGGAGGCUCCCCGCCGGUCCUGGACGACGGCGACUACGCCCUGCUGCAGGAGCUGCCCCUGGUGGCGUCCAAGCAGCUGACCGGGAGCCCUGGUGUCGCGGCCGCUGACAGCGGCACCACCGGCCACGCCGCCGCCGCCGCUGCUGCCGCAGCUGCAGCGACAGCUGCGGUGGCGGCAGCGGCGCCCCAGGCCCACCUGCACGCGCCACAGCAACAGCUGCGGGGGGUCGGCCACGAGGAUCCUAGCCCCCUCCUGACCCCCGAGCCCCUGACCAUCGCCUCCGACCUUGACGACGAGGCCCCCCUCCCGGACCUGGACGACCUGCCUCCGCCCCCGCCUCACGUGACGGCGCCCGGGUCGAGCGUGAGCGACCGGUCCGAGGCGAGCAGCAGCGGCGGCGACAGCUCCGGGUGCGCCACCAUCACGGGGUCGCCGCCGGGCGCGCACCGCAGCGACCACUCGAGCCACAGCGACACGAGCGGCGUGCACUCGAGCAGCAGCCACAGCAACGCCAGCCACCUCAAGCUGUACGAGCAGCUCAAGUACGACCCGGUGCAGCUGCAGCUGCUGCAGCAACAGCAGCAGGCGCAGCAGCAGGCGCAACAGCAACAGCAACAGCAGCAGCAGGCGCGGCGCGCCAACAGCAUCCAGGACCUGUGCCUCGAGCCCAACCGGCCGCCGCCGCCGCAGUACAAGAGCUUCUCGCUGACGCGGGGCAUGGCGCCGCCGGGCGCCACGGCCGGGCUGCCCGUCGCGCCGCCCGCGCCGCUGCCCUCCGUGCUCAAGCUGCAGACCCAGCCCAUCUACAGCAGCAUCCGCAAGCCGUCGCAGGGCGUGACGCUCAAGCCGCCGCAGCCCGCGCUGGCCGACGAGGACGAGUCGCCGCCGCCGCCCGCGCCCGCCGACCCCAUGCGCGUGCCGCACCACAAGCCCAUGCAGGCCCUGCAGCCCGUCCGCGAGGAGCUCACGCCCGAGGCCGGCGCCGGCGGCGGCGGCGUGCCCGCCACCCUCCAGCUCAACGGCCACGACGCGACCGUGGUGAUCCGGCGGCACAAGCAGGCUGCCGCCAAGGAGGGCGAGGAAGACAAGUUCGGACGCGCCACCAACAUGCGCAUGACCUCCUUCACGGACCAGCCCGACCACGGGCGCGGCUCGCUCGGCGCCGGCUCGGCGUACGGCUACGCGGGCUACGGCUACGGCAUGGGCUCCGCCAACACGCUGCCGCUGCCGCCCCCGCCGCCGCCGCCCCCCGCCGCGCAGCCGCACUGCGCCACGCUGCCCGCGCACGGGGCCGGCGCCGGCGCGCUCAUGCAGCAGCACCAGCUCCAGCAGCACCAGCAGCAGCAGCAGCACCAGCUCGCCAGCAGCUGCGGCAACUUCGUGCGCCAGCACUCCACCAUCCCCACGCACCACAACGGGGUGCUGCUGUACCAGCCGGGCGGCCAGGGCGGCCAGGGCGGCCAGGGCCAGCAGCUGCAGGCCAUGCGGCUGCAGCAGCCCUCGUCCGCGCUGGGGGUCGCCUACUUCAAGGACCACAGCAUGUCGCCCGCCCUCAAGUACGGCCUACAGCAGCACCUGCAACAGCACCUCCGGGCGGGCGUCGGCGCCGCGCCCGAGUUCCAGAACGGCGGCCGGGACUCGGCCAACUUCUCCAUGGCGUCGAGCGGCGACGGCGAGUACGCCCACUAGUCGAGGCCGAGGCCCACACUCACACGACCCCAAGACUGAAGAGAACACAAGACGGCACCCUCCGGGGAGGAACACAAAUCAGUACUGUCGUAGCAAGAAACGUAGAAUGGUAGGAUUUUUUUUUUAUUAUUUUUUUUUUGAAAAAUGCUUUUCACCAAAGAAUUAUGAAGUUCAUUUGAGACUGGGAACACCCACUUGUAGCUAAGACUCGUACAUCAAGUGCCAUAUCAAAUUUAACAUUAUCCGCCGUUUAAAGGCUUUUCAAAACGAGACUGUGCUUAUUUAGCACUUUACUUUAGUCAUUAAGUGCCAGAUAGCUCAGUGGUUGGAUUUAUCAUUAUAAGUUAACUCUUUAAAAAUUAUUUAUUUUCAGUUCCUCUGUAAAUCUGUAUGUAAUUUAUUAUUUAAGGUAAUAAUCUGUGGCGCGCAAAAGCACACACUUGAGGAAAGACGGAGUAGAAGAGAACUGGUGAAAUAUUAUAAAGUGUUUUGGAAAUAGCAAUCACAAUUCUGUGUGUCAUUUUGGAGGACCUGUGCACAUGCACAGUUUUAUACGCUGCUAACUGCAUUUUUGUUUUGUCAUCGUGGUCAACAUAUACAAAAAUAUAAUUCUGAUAUGAAUAAAACGUACAACAUCCCUUACUGGAGUUUGAUUUUUGAGAAUGUUCAAUCGUAAAGAAAAAUAUGCCAAAACGCUUGAGAGUUCAUGAUGUCAGACUUUCCUCAUAAACAGACUGUCCUCAUACCUGCUGGAUGGGUUGUUUUGUUAUACUGUUUUCAUUAGAGCAUUUUUACAUGUGUACAAAUUUAAGCUUAUCUACUGAUCUAGCUGUAAAAUUAAAAAAAUGGUGAAAUUGAAUGUUGCAAGUAAGAUGUAAAAUGACCCAAUCGUGCUUUUGUAUAUCUUUGUGUUUAUUUAUCCGUAAGUAUGUAAGUAAAUAAGUAAAUAAUUGUUGUUGGAUUGUUUGAAGAAAGUAUGGAGGUUGUACCUGGAACUACCAGAAUACAGAAGGAAAAAAAAAUCAUGUCUCCCUGACAUGAAGUAUGAAAUAAUUAUUGUGAUGUAUUACUUAGUGAACUUAGCAAUUUUAUAAGGAUUAGAAAAAUAUGCUGUGUUAAAACAUGCACAAAAGAGUUACAAUUUUAGAUAGUCUCUGGUGUAUUUAGUUCUUAACAUCCAUUGAAGAAUCCUUGCAGCAUUCAGCCUUUCCUUAAACAUCACAAGGAAAUGAGGAUCAAAGAACUAGCAGUCAGAGCACAUUUUGUCAUGCUUAUGCUGUGCUUUGGAAAUUUCUGUUGGAAGGAAUUAUCAAGAGUUACAUUUUAAGUCAGUGUUGUAAUUAUACUUUGUAAUUUUGUUAAAACUUGUUUAAAAAGAAAGUUCAGAAUUAUUUAAGAUCCCAUACAUGUGUAAGAUAGUUAUCUACCACAUGAUUGAUAUACAAUUUUGUGUGGGACAGAUAUUUAGCUUAUAAAAAUGAUGUCUUUGCGAUAUCAAAUGCCUGGAGUUUGUUGGGUUCACAUUAGAAAACAAAUAUUAGUUUAUGAAAGUGCUUUGCAAAAACUUUGUACAUAUUUAACUUUAUUACUCUAGCUACAGCCUUUUUUAUGUGGUCAUGUGGUCAUAUCCACUUAGUCAUAUCAAAGUCAUCUUCACAAAUAUGUUAUAACCGAUAAUAUCACAUCAUGCAUGAAUCAUUUACUCAUAUGCUGUAAUAUGUCAAAAAUUUAUGUUAAGUGUGUAAUCUGCUUUUUGCAACCACCUUUCCUCUGUUUUGAUACUACAAUACUCAUUCAACACCUUAUGCUAGAUAAACACCUUGAGAGAAAAAGGCAUUCCUUUACAUUUCAUGGCUUUUACUGACGUCAAACAAUGACACUGGCCAAUCUCAGACUGAAAUCCUUACUUUUGUAAGAUGCGAAAGACACAAAAUCAUUUAGAAGCAUAGACAAUAGACAAAUUAAAAUGUCAGAUUUCAAAUGAUAAAAUGUUUUGACAAUAAAAAGACCAUAACAUGAAUUACGCGAUAAUUAUGAAACAAAAUAUGUUCACACAUGAACGCCUAUUUCUCAAGGCAAGAAUACUGCGGUAGAAUGCAAGAAACUGUUAACCUAACCAUUCAGCUGUAAGCGACUGUAAAACACACACAGCCUUCUGUCAUAAAACCGUUUUCCCCUAUUUUGAUAAGACAGCUUUAGCAAGAAGCUAUUUUGACCAUUUCUUUGAACCAAAGAUGUUAGAAAAUUUUGAUAAUAAAUCUAGUUUGAUAAUGAAACAACAAGUAAAUAAAAGAGGUACAAAAAGUAUGAAAGCAGAGAAUGCCAGAUAGAUCUGCUUGUCUUUAACAAUAAGUAAAAAACCUAGUCAAACACAGCACAGCUAUAAAAAAUAUUGAUCUAUUGGGGGAAAUCCACAUAAGAGGAAAAUGCUUUCAUAUAAAAAGAAAAAAAAAACCUCAUCACCAUCUUCAAUUUGCAAGGGCAAUGUGUUGAAGUGCAGUAGGCAAAAAUACAUGAUUGUAGAAACAGAUUAAAAGAGAUACUGUAGGUGUAUCAAAGACUGAUUAGGCUGGUGGAAUUCAUUGCCCUAAAAUGGUUAUAAAAAUGAUGACAAAAAAUAUGAAGCAUUGUUGUGACUGACAGUAAAUUGAAGAGGUAUAUUACAUGCAGCGAUAGUAAUGAGAAUGUAGUAAUUUACUUGUGAUGCAUUUAGGUGCAUUAUCAUGUUGGUUGUCAGUGUUCAGUGUGUACGUAUUAUGGCAUGAUCUCCAUAAACUCUCUUUUUACUGAAUUAUUACAUAUGUAUGUACAGAAAUAAUUCAAAUAAGAAUGAAUCUUAAUUUAUUUGUUUUAAAGUGAACAGCCCACAAGGGCCCAUGUACUAUGUGCUUGUAAGUAAUUAAACACUGGUGAAAACUGUUGCCACAUGGAAUUUGAAUUAAACCAGAGUAUCAAGAAUGUA